AUGAAACAUCAAACAUUCACAUGCCUCUGUGUUCUGGCUCUAACCAUCAUAGUUUGUUCCAACACAGCAAACAGAGCAAAAGACUUGUCCAAGACAUGUAGUCAGGUGGUUUCAAAGGUGAUUCCUUGUUUGUAUUUUGCGACGGGGAAAGCACCGAAGCCGAAGAAAGAGUGUUGUGAUGCGGCCAAGAGUAUUAAGGAUACGAAUCCGGAGUGUCUGUGUUACAUCAUUCAACAGACUCAUAAGGGGAGUCCUGAAAGUAAGAGCAUGGGGAUUCAAGAGGACAAGCUUCUUCAACUUCCGGCUGUUUGUGAUGUUAAAGCCAAUAUCUCUGAUUUUCCUAGUAAGUUUUCUUUUCUUUUUUGA